UACGAAGGAGUAUACAAGAAGCUGCCGGCCAUCCUGCUGCACAUGGACGAGGACGAGAAGCAGGGAUUCGUGGACGCGUACAAGACGGAAACCUACUGGAAGACGAGAUGGGAGUCGGCCAACACGAGCGCCGAAGGAGUACCAGGUCGACGCUAUCACCGCACGGACGACGGCCUGCUCUUCUUUAUGGACGCCGACUACCAUCCCCGGCUGUGCGUCCCGGAUCGACUCGUACCAAAGAUACUCAAGAUAGCUCACGAGGAGCCCAUGGAGAGCGCACACGGA